UUUUAAAAUCACGGACCAAUUAUCUUCCGCUCGUUAAUGGGUGACCCAAUCUUUCAAUGGUGUUCUUCUUCAUCUUCAAUUCCGUCACUGUUAACGUGUUAAGCCAAUUUGUUUAUUGCCUUCUCCAUCGUUCUCUUAAUUGGGUGUGGAACAAAUCAACAAAGAAUAUUAUUGUUAAUUUAGAACAAAUUAAUAUUGCAAAAAUCAGAGUCCCACAAAACUCGUAGAUCUGCUCGUUUUUCGCUUCCUUACCUUUCGAAUCUCCAUUUUUUCGUAUUCGUUGAGCUUUCAAAGCUUCCUCCAAGAUAGUGAAGCUUUUAAUUCUCAAUGGACGGGAUAGGAGGUGAAGCUGCCUCAGCGGCAGGACCUUUGAGCCAGUGGCAGCAUGAUGUUUCAAGGCUUUAUCAAUAUUAUCUGGAUAAGAUUACUCCACAUGCUGUCUACAGAUGGAUUGGAACCCUUUUUAUAGUGGCAAUUUAUGCUUUGAGGGUCUUCUAUGUGCAAGGGUUCUACAUUGUUUCUUAUGGUCUGGGUAUUUAUAUACUCAAUUUAUUGAUUGGAUUCUUAUCCCCCUUGGUUGACCCAGAGAUGGAAGUUUCAGAUGGGCCUUUGCUGCCUACUAAAGGUUCAGAUGAAUUCAGGCCAUUCAUUCGCCGACUUCCAGAAUUUAAGUUCUGGUACUCUUUUACAAAGGCCUUUUGCAUUGCCUUUGUUAUGACCUUCUUCUCCAUAUUUGAUGUUCCCGUCUUCUGGCCUAUUUUACUUUGUUACUGGAUUGUCCUUUUUGUCCUGACAAUGAGGCGUCAGAUUUCUCAUAUGAUCAAGUACAAAUACCUACCGUUUAGUUUUGGGAAGCAGGUGACCUAUCAAAAGCAUGGUGGCAAGAAACCUUCUGCAAGUAGCGUUGUCACCAGCGAUGAUUGAUCUGUGGCUUAUUAUUUACAGCAAUUAGUACAAGUACUGAAUUGAGGGAGAAAUUUAGAGACUCGAAUGUUCACAGUAGCAGAAAAUUUUUUCCAUUAAAAUUACUUGUAGUUAAGAUUGCAUAUGGAUUUAAUCAUUGAAUUGAUGAUGCACAGGACAUGGUUAUGCCAAUUCCUUUAUGAUUAACUGAAGGACUGCUGUUGUAGAAACUCAGUUUAAUACACGUUGUAAUCCUGUCCGAUCGCAGAGCGUCAUUUGAAUUUUUUGUUUGCUUCUGAUUCUCAUCUUCCCACCCUUUCUUUUUCUGGCCCCUGCAGUUUUCUUGUAGAAUAUCCCAAUCACAUGUGGGUUGGAACUCUGUGUCUAUUGAUGAUGAUAUUGAGAGUA